AUGACGACCCACGUGACCCUGGAGGAUGCUCUGUCUAACGUGGAUCUGUUGGAGGAGCUGCCCCUCCCUGACCAGCAGCCCUGCAUCGAACCUCCGCCUUCAUCCAUCAUGUACCAGGUACGCACACACAUCUGACUUUUCAAAUUCAUUGCAAGAAAAACUAAACUGUCUUUAUCUUUCUCUCUAGGCCAAUUUCGAUACCAACUUUGAGGACAGGAAUGCGUUUGUGACGGGGAUAGCUCGCUACAUCGAGCAGGCUACUGUCCACUCUAGCAUGGUGAGUAGGCAACAAGGAGGGAUUGGUUUGGAAUGGGGCCGAGGGAGAGGACUGAGGGAGCAGUUUGGAAUUGGGCCUCUGUGCUUUGUGGACAGAAGCCUACUUUUGUUUUUCAAUGGGAACAGUUAGGGAAUGGUUCUCAGAACCCUAGCAUCAUCAUUGUUCUCAACUCUUGGCUUGGCACACACACACACACACAGAGCCUUGUGUAUUUGGUGUUUUAAUGUCGUUUUCACUCUGAGGCUUUGGCCUGGUUAGCAGUUUGUGUUGACACACACACAAACACAUACCCACCACAUACAACACACACACACACACACACACACACACACACACACACACACACACACACACUGAGGGAUGAAUCAGUCAGUCACUAAGCUAGACCUUCUUUUCCUGAAUGGAAUUAAUGGGGAGUGUGAUUUGACUGACAAAGAAGAGGAAACUGUCUUUUAAAUAAACUUGAUUUAAAUCGGGAAGUUCCAUUCAGUUUAAGCAUCUGUUUUCCAAUGGAAACCUGUGUUUCCUCUUUUGGUAAGAUAGUCUAUUUCACACUAGAGAAUAUUCACCGUAGUGAAUGCAUGUGUGAGGAGAUAUUACACAGCAGGCAUUUUAUCACACUAUAACCAUUCUAUGUUGGAAACAUACAGUGCAUUCGGGAAGUAUUCAGACCCCUUGACUUUUUCCACAUUUUGUUACGUUACAGCCUUACUCUAAAAUUGAUUAAAUUGUUUUUUUCCCCUCAUCAAUCUACACACAAUACCCAAUAAUGACAAAGCAAAAACUGGUUUUUAGAAGUUUUUGCUAAUUUAUAAAAAAAAGUAAUAAAAUGAAAUAUUACAUUUACGUAAGUAUUCAGACCCUUUACUCAGUACUUUGUUGAAGCACCUUUGGCAGCGAUUACACCCUUGAGUCUUCUUGGGUAUGAUGCUAGAAGCUUGGCACACCUGUAUUUGGGGAGUUUCUCCCAUUCUUCUCUGCAGAUCCUCUCAAGCUCUGUCAGGUUGGAUGGGGAGCAUCGCUGCACAGCUAUUUUCAGGUCUCUCCAGAGAUGUUUGAUCGGGUUGAAGUCCGGGCUCUGGCUGGGCCACUCAAGGACAUUUAGAAACUUGUCCCGAAGCCACUCCUGAGUUGUCUUGGCUGUGUGCUUAGGGUCGUUGUCCUGUUGGAAGGUGAACCUUCGCCCCAGUCUGAGGUCCUGAGCGCUCUGGAUUAGGUUUUCAUCAAAGAUCUCUCUGUACUUUGCUCUGUUCAACUUUCCCUCGAUCCUGACUAGUCUCCCAGUCCCUGCCACUGAAAAACAUCCCCACAGCCUGAUGCUGCCACCAGCAUACUUCACCGUAGGGAUGGUGCCAGGUUUCCUCCAGACUUGACGCUUGGCAUUCAGGCCAAAGAGUUCAGUCUUGGUUUCAUCAGACCAGAGAAUCUUGUUUCUCAUGGUCUGAGAGUCCUUUAGGUGCCUUUUAGCAAACUCCAAGCGGGCUGUCGUGCCUUUUACUGAGGAGUGGCUUCCAUCUGGCCACUCUACCAUAAAUGCCUGAUUGGUGGAGUGCUGCAGAGAUGGUUGUCCUUCUGGAAGGUUCUCCCAUCUCCACAGAGGAACUCUGGAGCUCUGUCAGAGUGACCAUCGGGUUCGUGGUCACCUCCCUGACCAAGGCCCUUCUCCCCCGAUUGCUCAGUUUGGCCGGGCGGCGAGCUCUAGGAAGAGUCUUGGUGGUUCCAAACUUCUUCCAUUUAAGAAUGAUGGAGGCCACUGUGUUCUUGGGGAUCUUCACUUCCCCAGAUCUCUGCCUCGACACAAUCCUGUCUCGGAGCUCUACGGACAAUUCCUUCGACCUCAUGGCUUGGUUUUUGCUCUGACGUGCACUGCCAACAGUUUUUUUAUCGUUAUGGGCUAUUGUGUGUAGAUUGAUGGAGAUUUUUAUUUAUUUAUUCCAUUUUAGAAUAAGGCUGUAACAUAACAAAAUAUGGAAAAAGUCAAGGGGUCUGAAUACUUUCCGAAUGCACUGUACCUGUGAAGAUUAAUCAAGAUAAUACAGUAUGCAUCCAUCAUAGGAUAGUCUGUGUUGUAUGUGUAUUGAUUUAUUUCACCUUUAUUUUAUCAGGGAGUCAUACUGAGACCAAGGUCCCUUUACAGAUGAGCCCUGAAUUACAGAAAAUACACACAUCAAUAUAAAUACAAAAUACAAGCAGAAAGAAAAACACGUCAUAAAAAACAAACACAUUCAUCAGUAAUAAGGUCCUCAAUAAGCUUUCUGAAUUUGUUCCACAAAUAAGGUGCAAGAAAAGUAAAUCAGCUUUUAGCUGGAGAUUGUCAACAAAUAACUGCUGGCCUCACGGUAAUUGAAAUGUAAUUAAUAUAGACACGUUUAGCAUCUUCUGGCUUCCACGCAUAGCCUACAAGCCACUGAUGCAGACCUUUGGAACCUCUACAAGUCAAAUAAAUCCAUGUAAUAUAGCCUACACCAUCACAAUAAAUUUAGACCGGUCUAAAGAAACAUGAUAUGAAGAAAAUGUAGUCUAUUUCAGAACAGAAUAGUUCUGAGUUGUCCUUAUGUUAGGCCCUGAUCUGGCUAUGCCAUAUGGCUGUGGGCUACACUACUUCAUUUAGCAGACAAGAUUUGCUUAGAAUUCCGUGGCAUUAUUUUUUAUAUUUUAUAGUAUGAAGAAUACAAUUGAACAAAGCUUAAUAAAAUAGAAAGGAUAUUUUCUCCAAACGAUUUCAAAGGAAGUGCACACAUGCAGCUAUUCUGUGUUGAGCGCUUAACAAAGAAACAGGUCCUCCUAUAUGCUUAAUUUAGAGUUAUUAUGCAGCGUUAGUUGUGAUACAAAUGUUGGGCUUUAUGUUUAGAUUUUGAAUACAUUCUAAGGCUGCAUGAUGGGACUCUAAUGAUGAUUUGAAGAAAGUUGCAAGCUGCACACACUUCAUCAGUCUCAUUCACAAUUUGACAAGCACUUGAUCAUAUUCUCACCAGGUCUCAAAUUUCCCAGCGGCAUCCCCCUUGUGUGGCCGUAAUGCCCCCUAAAAAAAAACAUGCCUUUUGCGCCCAAAGUGGCCUUUGUGCCCUGAACAUAAUAAUUGUAAUUCCCGGCUGUCGUGCUCCGAAGCACCUCGCACUCACAUGGCUCUCUCAGAGCCAAUGCCCGUCACGUGAUCGGGUCCUUCUCACAGGCAUUUCAGCUAAGAAGUAGGCUACAAGUGAAUGAAAACAGACACAUCUGGGGACGCAACUGCGCACGACCCUCUUAUCGAUUUCCGAGGUGCAUAUUGAAGAUGUUAGAACCGUCUACGUUUAGCCUACCUUUCCUCAGCCAAUAAGAUGAGUAGGCCUAACGAACAGCAAAACCACUAGCCUAUGUCAAUCUACUAUCCCCCAUAGUACAAAAGUUGACCUAUUCUAUUGGUCAACUUCCUUCUGUACAAUAAAUAAAUAUUCCAGACAUACUCUGGGACAGUUGUGGGAUGUGAUAGAUCCCAAAUUUAUACAACCACUCGCAUAAUUUUUUUUUUUAAAGAAAUGAGACUGAUGCAACAGAUCAGCAUGUUUAGCUUAAAAUGUUGAUAAACUAUUAAGCUAUUUCUUCACAUUAUAAGUGCAGCAAUGCACACACGGUAGUAGGCUAUAAGCGCGAAUGUUCCAAAACACAAUCAAUUAGCGGGAAGACACUGUUCUUGAAAGUGAUGGCAAAUGUGAUUAUGCAUGUAAUGCUUUAUUAUGAAGGUGCAUUUUUAUGGUGAAAAUUAUCUUCCCCAAACUUGAAACACGCGCUGUGCAUUUAUGCUAGUUAGGCUCCACACCGGUUCUAAAGCGGAUUAGUGUGCUUAAUUUUAAGAAGUUAUUUGGCCACUUUAGUGGUGAUACAAACCUUAUCAAAACAUAUAGGCCUAUGGGCUAGGCUACAUGAGGUGUGUGACUAUGAUUAGAAAAAGUCACACAAAAAAGGCAUGCGCUUUUCCUUGCCUUACACAAGCUGAGCAUCAUUCACAAGUGAUAGGCUAAUAUUAUCACCCAUCACACAAUUCUUGAUUUAAUGUUGUCUUUACAUAUACUAAAUAAUAUAUGUGUGAAAUUAGUUUUGAUUUGGAAUGGACCAUUAUAAUGCACCUGUCUCAGAACAGGGGCAUGGGGGAUACACUUAAAUAACGAAUGGAGGAUGCUUUUCCUGUGGUUAAUUUUCAUGCCAGCCAGGUAGGCUAUACUCCUGUUGUAAAGAGAAGCACUGUGCUUAAUAUUAGGACAGUUGAUGAAUACAUAUAAUGGGCCUAGAAGAGGAUCCUCCUCUUUUUAGUAGAGGCCAUCAAAACUCUGUUUUCUCAUGCAAUUGCAUAGCUUAUAGAAAUGUUGUGCAACAUGAGCUCAUGGGCUCUCAUUAAGUGUUUGAUUAGAUUUUCGAUUACAUUUGCUUUGAUGUCAGAGUGAGGGACAAUAGAGUGCUGGGUACCAGGCAGUUAGCAAGUUUGGUAGGCUGAUCAUCAGCAUCAUCAGAGCUUUGAGAAGCCUAAUUUCCAUGACUAAACGGUCACGUGGAAUUUGACUGCCUUCAUGACUCGUGACCGCCGGUGUGGCUGUAAUACGGUCACCGCAACAGGCCUAUCUAGGACCGAUAGGAACGUCGACUGAAUAAUCUGCUUUCUACUAUUUAGCGAGAGGCAGGACCUAUAGAAGAAGCUGAUUUUGAUUCUCAUCUUCUUAACUAACUAACUAACUAUACAGUGGGGAGAACAAGUAUUGGAUACACUGACGAUUUUGCAGGUUUUCUUACUUACAAAGCAUGUAGAGGUCUGUAAUUUUUAUCAUAGGUACACUUCAACUGUGAGAGACGGAAUCUAAAACAAAAAUCCAGAAAAUCACAUUGUAUGAUUUUUAAGUAAUUAAUUUGCAUUUUAUUGCAUGACAUAAGUAUUUGAUCACCUACCAACCAGUAAGAAUUCCGGCUCUCACAGACCUGUUAGUUUUUCUUUAAGAAGCCCUCCUGUUCUCCACUCAUUACCUGUAUUAACUGCACCUGUUUGAAGUCGUUACCUGUAUAAAAGACACCUGCCCACACACUCAAUCAAACAGACUCCAACCUCUCCACAAUGGCCAAGACCAGAGAGCUGUGUAAGGACAUAAGGGAUGAAAUUGUAGACCUGCACAAGGCUGGGAUGGGCUACAGGACCAUAGGCAAGCAGCUUGGUGAGAAGGCAACAACUUUUGGUGCAAUUAUUAGAAAAUGGAUGAUGAGUUCAAGAUGACGGUCAAUCACCCUCGGUCUGGGGCUCCAUGCAAGAUCUCACCUCGUGGGGCAUCAAUGAUCAUGAGGAAGGUGAGGGAUUAGCCCAGAACUACACGGCAGGACCUGAUCAAUGACCUGAAGAGAGCUGGGACCACAGUCUCAAUGAAAACCAUUAGUAACACACUACGCCGUUAUGGAUGGGGCCAUGUAUCGCGAGAUCUUGGCCAACAACCUCCUUCCCUCAGUAAGAGCAUUGAAGAUGGGUCGUGGCUGGGUCUUCCAGCAUGACAAUGACCCGAAACACACAGCCAGGGCAACUAAGGAGUGGCUCCGUAAGACGCAUCUCAAGGUCCUGGAGUGGCCUAGAUAGUCUCCAGACCUGAACCCAAUAGAAAAUCUUUGGAGGGAGCUGAAAGUCCGUAUUGCCCAGCGACAGCCCCGAAACCUGACGGAUCUGGAGAAGGUCUGUAUGGAGGAGUGUGCCAAAAUCCCUGCUGCAGUGUGUGCAAACCUGGUCAAGACCUACAGGAAACGUAUGAUCUCUGUAAUUGCAAACAAAGGUUUCUGUACCAAAUAUUAAGUUCUGCUUUUCUGAUGUAUCAAAUACUUAUGUCAUGCAAUAAAAUGCAAAUUAAUUACUUAAAAAUCAUACAAUGUGAUUUUCUGGAUUUUGGUUUUAGAUUCCGUCUCUCACAGUUCAAGUGUACCUAUGAUACAGACCUCUACAUGCUUUGUAAGUAGGAAAACCUGCAAAAUCGGCAGUGUAUCAAAUACUUGUUCUCCCCACUGUAUAUAUGUAUGUGUAUGUAUAUAUAUAUAUAUAUAUAUAUAUAUAUAUAUGCUUUUUAAAAUAAAGCUUUUCAUCUAUCCAGAUGCCCAGAUAUUUGUAAGCAGGAACACGAUCAAUAUAGACACCAUCCAAAGUACAUAUGCUUAAAUCAUCAGACUUAUUUUGAUGUGCUCUAGACCACAACAUAUACUUAGUUUUACCUGCAUUCAAUACUCAUUUAAUGUCAAUAAAGUUGUUCUGUAAUACAAUGAAGGCAGACUGUAGUUCAGAUAGAGCCUGGUCAACCGUGGGGGCAAUGGCAUACACAAUAGUAUCAUCGGUAUACAAGUGCAGGUUACAAUUUUUUACAGACAAGUCAAUAUUAUUAAUGUAAACAUUAAAAAGUACAGGACCCAUAAUCGACCCCUACAGGACACCUUUCGUAAUAUCCAGGAAACCUGAUUUAACACCAUCAGUAGAUACAGUGGCUUGCGAAAGUAUUCACCCCUCUUGGCAUUUUUCCUAUUUUGUAGCCUUACAGCCUGGAAUUAAAUUGAUUUUUUGGGGGUUUGUGUCAUUUGAUUUUACACAACAUGCCUAACACUUUGAAGAUGCAAAAUAUUUUGUAUUGUGAAACAAACAAGAAAUAAGACAAAAAAACUGAACUUGAGCGUGCAUAACUAUUCACCCCCCCAAAGUCAAUACUUUGUAGAGCCACCUUUUUUGCAGCAAUUACAGCUGCAAGUCUCUUGGGGUAUGUCUCUAUAAGCUUGGCACAUCUAGCCACUGGGAUUUUUGUCCAUUCUUCAAGGCAAAACUGCUCCAGCUCCUUCAAGUUGGAUGGGUUCCACUGGUGUACAGCUAUCUUUAAGUCAUACCACAUAUUCUCAACUGGAUUGAGGUCUGGGCUUUGACUAGGCCAUUCCAAGACAUUUCAAUGUUUCCCCUUAAACCACUCGGGUGUUGCUUUAGCAGUAUGCUUUGGGUCAUUGUCCUGCUGGAAAGUGAACCUCCGUCCCAGUCUCAAAUAACUGGAAGACUGAAACAGGUUUCCCUCAAUAAUUUCCCUGUAUUUAGCGCCAUUCAUCAUUCCUUCAAUUCCGACCAGUUUCCCAGUCCCUGCCGAUGAAAAACAUCUCCACAGCAUGAUGCUGCCACCACCAUGCUUCACUGUGGGGAUGGUGUUCUCGGGGUGAUGAGAGGUGUUGGGUUUGCGCCAGACAUAGCAUUUUCCUUGAUGGCCAAAAAGCUCAAUUUUAGUCUGAUCUGACCAGAGUACCUUCUUCCAUAUGUUUGGGGAGUCUCCCACAUGCCUUUUGGCAAACAUCAAACGUGUUUGCUUAUUUUUUUCUUUAAGCAAUGGCUUUUUUCUGGCCAUUCUUCCGUAAAGCCCAGCUCUGUGGAGUGUACGACUUAAAGUGGUCCUAUGGACAGAUACUCCAAUCUCCACUGUGAUGGAGCUUUGCAGCUCCUUCAGGGUUAUCUUUGGUCUCUUUGUUGCCUCUGAUUAAUGCCCUCCUUGCCUGGUCUGUGAGUUUUGGUGGGCGGCCCUCUCUUGGCAGGUUUGCUGUGGUGCCAUAUUCUUUCAAUUUUUUAAUAAUGGAUUUAAUGGUGCUCUGUUCAAAGUUGUGGAUAUUUUUUUAUAACACAACCCUGAUCUGUACUUCUCCGCAACUUUGUCCCUGACCUAUUUGGAGAGCUCCUUGGUCUUCAUGGUGCCACUUGCUUGGUGGUGCCCCUUGCUUAGUGGUGUUGCAGACUCUGGGGCCUUUCAGAAAAGGUGUAUAUAUACUGAGAUCAUGUGACACUUAGAUUGCACACAGGUGGACUUUAUUUAACUAAUUAUGUGACUUCUGAAGGUAAUUGGUUGCACCAGAUCCUAUUUAGGAGUUCAUAGCAAAGGGGGUGAAUACAUAUGCACGCACCACUUUUCCGUUAUUUAUUUUUAAAAAUUUUUUGAAACAAGUUAUUUUUUUCAUUUCACUUCACCAAUUUGGACUAUUUUGUGUAUGUCCAUUACAUGAAAUCCAAAUAAAAAUCCAUUUAAAUUACAGGUUGUAAUGCAACAAAAUAGGAAAAACGCCAACGGGGAUGAAUACUUUUGCAAGGCACUGUACACAUUGAGUUCUAUCUGUCAAGUAAUUUUUCAACCAGUUACAUGUAGCCUGGUCUAGGCCAAUUGAGGAAAGCCUCUGAAUUAGUAGUGAGUGAUAAGCAGUAUCGAAAGCCUUUGACAGGUCAAUGAAGAGGGCAGCACAAUGUUACCUUUUAUCCAUACAGUUAAGCACAUCAUUUAUAACUAGGCGUAAAUAUAACCCCUCUGUCUGUUCUCUCUCCCCAGAAUGAGAUGCUGGAGGAGGGCCAUGAGUACGCUGUCAUGCUCUACACCUGGAGAAGCUGCUCAAGAGCUAUACCACAGGUAUCUCUCUCUCUCUCUCUCUCUCUCUCUCUCUCUCUCUCUCUCUCUCUCUCUCUCUCUCUCUCUCUCUCUCUCUCUCUCUCUCUCUCUCUCUCUCUCUCUCUCAAUUCAAUUCAAUUCAAUUCAAUUCGAAGGGCUUUAUUGGCAUGGGAAACAUAUGAUUACAUUGCCAAAGCAAGUGAAAUAGAUAAUAAACAAAAGUGAAAUAAACACUAAAAAAUUAACAGUGAACAUUACACUCAGAAAAGUUCCAAAAGAAUAAAGACAUUUCAAAUGUCAUAUUAUGUCUAUAUAGAGUGUUAAAGCGAUGUGCAAAUAGUUAAAGUACAAAAGGGAAAAUAAAUAAAAAUAAAUAUGGAUUGUAUUUACAAUGGUGUUUGUUCUUCACUGGUUACCCUUUUCUUGUCUCUGACUCAGUCUGUCUGUCUCUCUGUCUCUCUGUCUCUCUCGCUCUCUCUUUCUCCGUCUCGUUGCCUCUCUCUCUCUCUCUCUCUCUCUAUCGCUGUCUCUCUCGCUCGGUCGCAUGGACAAAAAUCUAAAAUAUUAUGAUAAAUUGCCUGAAUUGAUGCGAUAACGUUGAAUAGAACAAUAUGUUUAUAACAUUAAUGUGCACCACAGUUUAUAACAUUAAUGUGCACCACAGUUUGUAACAUUAAUGUGCACCACAGUUUGUAACAUUAAUGUGCACCACAGUUUAUAACAUUAAUGUGCACCACAGUUUGUAACAUUAAUGUGCACCACAGUUUAUAACAUUAACGUGCACCACAGUUUAUAACAUUAACGUGCACCACAGUUUGUAACAUUAAUGUGCACCACAGUUUAUAACAUUAAUGUGUACCACAGUUUAUAACAUUAAUGUGUACCACAGUUUAUAACAUUAAUGAGUACCACAGUUUAUAACAUUAAUGUGCACCACAGUUUAUAACAUUAAUGUGUACCACAGUUUAUAACAUUAAUGUGCACCACAGUUUAUAACAUUAAUGUGCACCACAGUUUAUAACAUUAAUGUGCACCACAGUUUGUAACAUUAAUGUGCACCACAGUUUAUAACAUUAAUGUGUACCACAGUUUAUAACAUUAAUGUGUACCACAGUUUAUAACAUUAAUGAGUACCACAGUUUAUAACAUUAAUGUGCACCACAGUUUGUAACAUUAAUGUGCACCACAGUUUAUAACAUUAAUGUGUACCACAGUUUAUAACAUUAAUGUGUACCACAGUUUAUAACAUUAAUGAGUACCACAGUUUAUAACAUUAAUGUGCACCACAGUUUAUAACAUUAAUGUGUACCACAGUUUAUAACAUUAAUGUGCACCACAGUUUAUAACAUUAAUGUGCACCACAGUUUGUAACAUUAAUGUGCACCACAGUUUAUAACAUUAAUGUGUACCACAGUUUAUAACAUUAAUGAGUACCACAGUUUAUAACAUUAAUGUGUACCACAGUUUAUAACAUUAAUGUGCACCACAGUUUAUAACAUUAAUGUGCACCACAGUUUGUAACAUUAAUGUGCACCACAGUUUAUAACAUUAAUGUGUACCACAGUUUAUAACAUUAAUGAGUACCACAGUUUAUAGCAUUAACGUGCAGUACAGUUUAUAACAUUAACGUGCACCACAGUUUAUAACAUUAACGUGCACCACAGUUUAUAACAUUAAUGUGCACCACAGUUUAUAACAUUAACGUGCACCACAGUUUGUAACAUUAAUGUGCACCACAGUUUAUAACAUUAAUGUGCACCACAGUUUAUAACAUUAAUGUGUACCACAGUUUAUAACAUACUCCUGAGUGGCGCAGUGGUCUAAGGCACUGCAUCGCAGUGCUAACUGUGCCACUAGAGAUCCUGGUUCGAAUCCAGGCUCUGUCGCAGCCGGCCGCGACCGGGAGACUCAUGGGCGGCGCACAAUUGGCCCAGCGUCGUCCAGGGUAGGGGAGGGAAUGGCCGGCAGGGAUGUAGCUCAGUUGAUAGAGCAUGGCGUUUGCAACGCCAGGGUUGUGGGUUCGAUUCCCACGGGGGGCCAGUAUAAAAAAUAUAUAUAGGUAUUCACUAACUGUAAGUCGCUCUGGAUAAGAGCGUCUGCUAAAUGACUAAAAUGUAAAUGUAAUGUAAAUGUUUAUAGCAUUAACGUGCAGUACAGUUUAGAACAUUAACGUGCACCACAGUUUAUAACAUUAACGUGCACCACAGUUUAUAACAUUAACGUGCACCACAGUUUAUAACAUUAAUGUGCACCACAGUUUAUAACAUUAACGUGCACCACAGUUUAUAACAUUAACGUGCACCACAGUUUAUAACAUUAAUGUGCACCACAGUUUAUAACAUUAACGUGCACCACAGUUUAUAACAUUAACGUGCACCACAGUUUAUAACAUUAACGUGCACCACAGUUUAUAACAUUAACGUGCACCACAGUUUAUAACAUGAAUGUGCACCACAGUUUAUAACAUUAAUGUGCAGCACAGUUUUUUUUAAUUCUCCUUUAAACAUCUACUACUUGUAUGAUGGUUAAAGCCAUCAAUUGUCCCAUUAACAAUCACCCAUAUUAGAAAACGUAUUUCAUUUCAAACUUCACAUUUCUCUAGUAUAGGCUACUUAUCAUAACGAUAUCAGCAAAAUGCCUGUGAUAAGUGAUCGUAUGGUCGCUAAUUUUCGGUUUAUCGUCACAGCUCUAGUUAGGGGGAUCUGAUUCUAGAUCUGUGAUUCUGGCUAGGGACACUGAUGUGGGUGAGCCCUGUGAGUUGUUCCAGUAAGCAGGCUGUGUGACGGCGCCCCCCUGUGUUCUCCAGGUGAAGUGUAACGAGCAGCCCAACAGGGUGGAGAUCUAUGAGAAGACUGUGGAGGUGCUGGAACCAGAGGUCACCAAGCUCAUGAAGUUCAUGUACUUCCAGGUGAUAGACCAUUGACUGAUGGAUGAAUUAAUGAAUUAAUCAAAUGAAUGAACAACCUAAUGAAUGUAUCUUAUUUGUAUUGGAACUCUGUCAGUCAAUCAUAUCCUUGUCCCUUGAAUUAAAUAAUUAACGAAUGAAUGAACAAAUAAAUGAGUCCUAUAUAUAUCUGAGAACCUCUUCUCUCUCUGUCGUCUCCGUUUCCCCUGUCAUCCCCUGCAGCGUAAGGCCAUCGAGCGUUUCUGCGGGGAGGUGAAGCGUCUGUGCCACGCUGAGCGGAGGAAAGACUUUGUCUCUGAAGCCUACCUCCUCACCCUGGGCAAGUUCAUCAACAUGUUCGCUGUGCUCGAUGAACUCAAGAACAUGAAGUGCAGCGUCAAGAACGACCACUCUGCCUAUAAAAGGUAUGGAGGGAAGACAGACACAAUAUGGGGGUGCGUCUCAAUAGCCUGCAGUGGCUUCCUCUCCCUAUCACCUGCACUGAUCCUGAAAACAAAGGAUAGGGGAAAGCAGUGUAGUAGAGGCUAAGGGGAAUUUGCUUUCACCUGUCUAGUUCCUUCACAUCAGCUCAAAUUAAGGAAAAGGGACAGAGUGAAGGGCCAAUUUACCCCACUAUUGAGAUGCACCCAAUUGACUCAUGUAAAACGGAAGCUGUGAGGUAUGGCUACAGAAUUAGAUCUGUGGUAAUAUUUGUGUCUGCAGGGCGGCUCAGUAAAACAGAAGCUGUGAGGUAUGGCUACAGAAUUAGAUCUGUGGUAAUAUUUGUGUCUGCAGGGCGGCUCAGUUCCUGAGGAAGAUGGCCGACCCUCAGUCCAUCCAGGAGUCACAGAACCUCUCUAUGUUCCUAGCCAAUCACAACAGGAUUACUCAGGUGUGUGUGUGUGUGUGUGUGUGUGUGUGUGUGUGUGUGUGUGUGUGUGUGUGUGGUGCAGUAACAUUAAUGGUGUGUAUAUUUCCCUCUGUAGUGUCUGCAGCAGCAGUUGGAGGUGAUUCCUGGCUAUGAGGAGUUGUUAGCAGACAUCGUUAACAUCAGUGUUGAUUACUAUGAGAAUAAGAUGUACCUGACGCCCAGCGAGAAACACAUGCUGCUCAAGGUAAGAGCCUCGUCUAGCUCUGUCUUACCUGCCUUUCUCUAGAUACCUGUCUCUGUCUGGAUCUUAACUCCUUCUUUCUCUAGAUACCUGUCUCUGUCUGGAUCUUAACUCCUUCUUUCUCUAGAUACCUGUCUCUGUCUGGAUCUUAACUCCUUCUUUCUCUAGAUACCUGUCUCUGUCUGGAUCUUAACUCCUUCUUUCUCUAGAUACCUGUCUCUGUCUGGAUCUUAACUCCUUCUUUCUCUAGAUACCUGUCUCUGUCUGGAUCUUAACUCCUUCUUUCUCUAGAUACCUGUCUCUGUCUGGAUCUUAACUCCUUCUUUCUCUAGAUACCUGUCUCUGUCUGGAACUUAAAAUGCUAAUAGCCUCCUUACUCCUGCUAACCAGUCCUCAACUGUAGCUUCCAGUAGUGUUCAGAAUAUCUAGAGUUAUUUCUGAAUGUCCAUCAAAUAUUAUUGAUCCGUCUUUGUGUAAUAUCACCCUGUGUGUGUGUGUGUGUGUGUCAGGUGAUGGGUUUUGGUCUCUAUCUGAUGGACGGUAACGUCAGUAACAUCUACAAACUAGAUGCCAAGAAGAGGAUCAACCUGGGAAAGAUCGACAAGUUCUUCAAGGUCGGUGUGUGUGUGUGUGUGUGUGUGUGUGUGUGUGUGUGUGUGUGUGUGUGUGUGUGUGUGUGUGUGUGCUCCACACCAAAACAGCCAUCUAACCCUGUCUAUACUUUCACACCAAUAUGAUAUUCUUCGAUCACACUCCUAUCCUGACUGAAGCCCUUUCUCUGUGUGUGUGUCUUGUUUGAUGCCUUCAGCUCCAGGUGGUGCCUCUGUUUGGAGACAUGCAGAUAGAACUGUCGCGCUACAUAGAGACCAGCGCUCACUACGAGGAGAACAAGUCUAAGUAAGAACAUCAUCCAUCUUUAAACUCACAAACUCUGAAAACUCAUAAACUCAGACCUCUAACAAGUCCUGAACCCCAGCCCCUAACCCACUGGUGUCAAACUCAACCCCAGGCCCUAACCCACUGGUGUCAAUCUCAACCCCAGCCCCUAACCCACAGGUGUCAAACUCAACCCCAGGCCCUAACCCACAGGUGUCAAACUCAACCCCAGCCCCUAACCCAUGGGUGUCAAACUCAACCCCAGCCCCUAACCCACAGGUGUCAAACUCAACCCCAGCCCCUAACCCACAGGUGUCAAACUCAACCCCAGCUCCUAACCCACAGGUGUCAAACUCAACCCCAGCCCCUAACCCACAGGUGUCAAACUCAACCCCAGCCCCUAACCCACAGGUGUCAAACUCAUUCCAUGGCGGGCUGAGUGUCUGCGGGUUUUCACUCCUCCCUUGUACUUGAUUGAUGAAUUAAGGAACUCCCCUCACCUGGUUGUCUAGGUCUUAAUUGGUUAGUUAGGAACUCCCCUCACCUGGUUGUCUAGGUCUUAAUUGGUUAGUUAGGAACUCCCCUCUCCUGGUUGUCUAGGUCUUAAUUGGUUAGUUAGGAACUCCCCUCACCUGGUUGUCUAGGUCUUAAUUGGUUAGUUAGGAACUCCCCUCUCCUGGUUGUCUAGGUCUUAAUUGGUUAGUUAGGAACUCCCCUCUCCUGGUUGUCUAGGACACAUAUUGAAAAUAAAGAACAAAAAGCGGCAUACAUUUCGGCCUCCAUGGAAGGAGUUUGACACCCCUCCCCUAACCCCUGACUCUCCUACAGGUGGACGUGUACCCAGAGCUCCAUCUCUCCCCAGUACAACCUGUGUGAGCAGAUGGUUCAGAUUCGUGAUGACCACAUCCGGUUCAUCUCUGAGCUGGCUCGCUACAGUAACAGUGAGGUAGUGACCGGGUCAGGCUUGGACAGUCAGAAGUCAGACGAGGAGUACAGGGAACUGUUUGACCUGGCACUCAGAGGGUUACAGCUGCUGUCCAAGUGGAGCACACACGUCAUGGAAGUGGUGAGUAGGGAAACGGUGUGUGUGUGUGUGUGUGUGUGUGUGUGUGUGUGUGUGUGCAUGCGCGCGCACGGUUUAUGUCAUAGAAGGGGUAGUGUGUAGUCCGUGCUUGGUCCCAUACAUAUUUAAUAAAAAUAAUUUUAAUUAAUGAAGUAAUUCUAUAUCUAUCUGGUCCUGUGAUUUUCAGUUUCCUCUGACACCAUAUUCUCUCCCUCAGUACUCUUGGAAGUUGGUUCACCCGACAGAUAAGUUCUGUAACAAGGACUGUCCCGGCACAGCGGAGGAGUAUGAGAGAGCUACACGUUACAACUACACGUCAGAGGAGAAGUUUGCCCUGGUCGAGGUCAUCGCCAUGAUCAAGGGGCUGCAGGUCAGAAACACUGUACCUACAGAGAGCUUUGUCAUGAUAUCGUUGGGAAGCUUACAGAAUAGUAAUAUAGCAGCAUUUCACCACCGUGGGUCUUGGUCGAAAUGUGGCUACUUUGGUGUUGAUGAUGAUGAUGAUGAUGAUUAUAUGUGUUGUAGGUGUUGAUGGGCCGUAUGGAGAGUGUAUUCAACCAGGCUAUAAGGAACACCAUCUAUGCAGCCCUGCAGGACUUUGCCCAGAUGACCCUCAGAGAGCCUCUACGUCAGGCCGUACGCAAGAAGAAGAACGUUCUCAUCAGGUACCAAACUGCCUGCACUCAUUCUUGUUCAACUAUUAACAUAUUUCGGGCAAGAGAACCUCCUAAGAGGUACUGUAGUCCCCUCAAAGGCUCAUGUGUGCAUACGGCACAAUUCUCACUGUUUGCUCCAGAAGAACCAUGGACCUUCAAUAGUUAGCUAGGUAGCUUCCUAAAUGGCACCCUAUCCCUUUGGGCCCUGGUCAAAAGUAGUGCACUAUAUAGGGAAUAGGGUGCCAUUUGGGACGCACAGAUAGUCAUUCCCUAUAAUGCUGAUUCUCUGAUAACCCUCUGUCUCUCUCUAGUGUCCUGCAGGCCAUCCGUAAGACCAUCUGUGACUGGGAGGGGGCUCGGGAGCCUCCCAAUGACCCCUGUCUCAGGGGGGAGAAGGACCCCAAGGGAGGGUUCGACAUCAAGGUGCCCCGCCGAGCUGUGGGACCCUCGAGCACACAGGUAAACCAGGGGAGAGAGGGAGGGGUGAGGGGAGAGAGGGGUAUCAGAGGGGAUGGAAGAGACUGAUGUUGCUCAGGGAUAGAGGCAGGCUGUAGGGACAUGAUCAAGUACAGGGACUUUGUAGGGGAAUGGAAAGAAUAUGAAGUGUUAUUUAGACUUUUCUCUCUCUCUCUCCCUCCCUCUCUAGCUGUACAUGGUUCGUACCAUGCUGGAGUCGUUGAUAGCCGAUAAGAGUGGUUCUAAGAAGACUCUACGCAGCAGUCUGGACGGACCCAUAGUACUGGCUAUAGAAGACUUCCACAAACACUCCUUCUUCUUCACACACCUGCUCAACUUCAGCGGUAUUUACAAACACACACACACACACACACACACACAGACACACACAGACACACACACACACAGGGUCAUGCUUUCUUACACUACCAUCCUCAAUCAUCUGAUCACCAUCAGUCAUCAUCCUUCACCUCACCUCCUGUAAUAAUAUCAUGUAAUUCACCUCCUGUAAUAAUAUCAUGUUAUUCACCUCCUGUCAUAAUAUCAUGUUAUGCACCUCCUGUAAUAAUAUCAUGUAAUUCACCUCCUGUAGUAAUAUCAUGUUAUUCACCUCCUGUCAUUACAUUUACAUUUUAGUCAUUUAGCAGACGCUCUUAUCCAGAGCGACUUACAGGAGCAAUUAGGGUUAGGUGCCUUGCUCAAGGGCACAUUUACGUCAUUUAGCAGACGCUCUUAUCCAGAGCGACUCACCAAUUGGUGCGUUCACCCUAUAGCCAGUGGGAUAACCACUUUACAAUUUUGGGGGGGUAGAAGGAUUACUUUAUCCUAUCCCAGGUAUUCCUUAAAGAGGUGGGGUUUCAAAUGCCUCCGGAAGGUGGUGAGUGACUCCGCUGUCCUGGCGUCGUGAGGGAGCUUGUUCCACCAUUGGGGUGCCAGAGCAGCGAACAGUUUUGACUGGGCUGAGCGGGAACUAUGCUUCCGCAGAGGAAGGGGAGCCAGCAGGCCAGAGGUGGAUGAACGCAAUGCCCUCGUUUGGGUGUAGGGACUGAUCAGAGCCCGAAGGUACAGAGGUGCCGUUCCCCUCACUGCUCCAUAGGCAAGCACCAUGGUCUUGUAGCGGAUGCGAGCUUCAACUGGAAGCCAGUGGAGUGUGCGGAGGAGGGGGGGUGACGUGAGAGAACUUGGGAAGGUUGAACACCAGACGGGCUGCGGCAUUCUGGAUGAGUUGUAGGGGUUUAAUGGCACAGGCAGGGAGGCCAGCCAACAGCGAGUUGCAGUAGUCCAGACGGGAGAUGACAAGUGCCUGGAUUAGGACCUGUGCCGCUUCCUGUGUAAGGCAGGGUCGUACUCUCCGAAUGUUGUAGAGCAUGAACCUGCAGGAGCGGGUCACCGCCUUGAUGUUGGCGGAGAACGACAGGGUGUUGUCCAGGGUCACGCCUAGGCUCUUCGCACUCUGGGAGGAGGACACAGCGGAGUUGUCAACCGUGAUGGCGAGAUCAUGGAACGGGCAGUCCUUCCCCGGGAGGAAGAGCAGCUCCGUCUUGCCAGGGUUCAGCUUGAGGUGGUGAUCCGUCAUCCAUACUGAUAUGUCUGCCAGACAUGCAGAGAUGCGAUUCGCCACCUGGUUAUCAGAAGGGGGAAAGGAGAAGAUUAGUUGUGUAUCGUCAGCGUAGCAAUGAUAGGAGAGGCCAUGUGAGGAUAUGACAGAGCCAAGUGACUUGGUGUAUAGGGAGAAAAGGAGAGGGCCUAGAACUGAGCCCUGGGGGACACCAGUGGUGAGAGCACGUGGUGCGGAGACAGCUUCUCGCCACGCCACUUGGUAGGAGCGACCGGUCAGGUAGGACGCAAUCCAGGAGUGAGCCGCGCCGGAGAUGCCCAGCUCGGAGAGGGUGGAGAGGAGGAUCUGAUGGUUCACAGUAUCAUAAUAUCAUGUUAUUCACCUCCUGUAAUAAUAUCAUGUAAAUCACCUCCUGUAAUAAUAUCAUGUAAAUCACCUCCUGUAAUAAUAUCAUGUAAAUCACCUCCUGUAAUAAUAUCAUGUUAUUCACCUCCUGUCAUAAUAUCAUGUUAUUCACCUCCUGUAAUAAUAUCAUGUAAAUCACCUCCUGUAGUAAUAUCAUGUUAUUCACCUCCUGUCAUAAUAUCAUGUUAUUCACCUCCUGUCAUAAUAUCAUGUUAUUCACCUCCUGUAGUAAUAUCAUGUAAUUCACCUCCUGUAAUAAUAUCAUGUUAUUCACCUCCUGUAAUAAUAUCAUGUUAUUCACCUCCUGUCAUGAUAUCAUGUUAUUCACCUCCUGUCAUAAUAUAAUAAUAUAAUAAUAAUAAUAUGCCAUUUAGCAGACGCUUUUAUCCAAAGCGACUUACAGUCGUGCGUGCAUAAUUUUUUUUUUUUGUGUAUGGGUGGUCCCGGGGUUCGAACCCACUACCUUGGCGUUACAAGCGCCGUGCUCUACCAGCUGAGCUACAGAGGACCACAAAUCAUGUUAUUCACCUCCUGUCAUGAUAUCAUGUUAUUCACCUCCUGUCAUGAUAUCAUGUUAUUCACCUCCUGUAAUAAUAUCAUGUUAAUCACCUCCUGUCAUGAUAUCAUGUUAUUCACCUCCUGUAAUAAUAUCAUGUUAAUCACCUCCUGUAAUAAUAUCAUGUUAUUCACCUCCUGUCAUGAUAUCAUGUUAUUCACCUCCUGUCAUGAUAUCAUGUUAUUCACCUCCUGUAAUAAUAUAAUGUAAUUCACCUCCUGUAAUAAUAUCAUGUAAAUCACCUCCUGUCAUGAUAUGUUAUUCACCUCCUGUCAUGAUAUCAUGUUAUCCACCUCCUGUCAUAAUAUCAUGUUAUUCACCUCCUGUCAUAAUAUCAUGUUAUUCACCUCCUGUAGUAAUAUCAUGUAAUUCACCUCCUGUAAUAAUAUCAUGUUAUUCACCUCCUGUCAUGAUAUCAUGUUAUUCACCUCCUGUCAUAAUAUAAUAAUAUAAUAAUAAUAAUAUGCCAUUUAGCAGACGCUUUUAUCCAAAGCGACUUACAGUCGUGCGUGCAUACAUUUUUUUUUUUGUGUAUGGGUGGUCCCGGGGUUCGAACCCACUACCUUGGCGUUACAAGCGCCGUGCUCUACCAGCUGAGCUACAGAGGACCACAAAUCAUGUUAUUCACCUCCUGUCAUGAUAUCAUGUUAUUCACCUCCUGUCAUGAUAUCAUGUUAAUCACCUCCUGUAAUAAUAUCAUGUUAAUCACCUCCUGUAAUAAUAUCAUGUUAUUCACCUCCUGUCAUGAUAUCAUGUUAUUCACCUCCUGUCAUGAUAUCAUGUUAUUCACCUCCUGUAAUAAUAUCAUGUAAUUCACCUCCUGUAAUAAUAUCAUGUAAAUCACCUCCUGUCAUGAUAUGUUAUUCACCUCCUGUCAUGAUAUCAUGUUAUUCACCUCCUGUCAUGAUAUCAUGUUAUUCACCUCCUGUCAUGAUAUCAUGUUAUUCACCUCCUGUCAUAAUAUCAUGUUAUUCACCUCCUGUUAUUCACCUCCUGUCGUAAUAUCAUGUUAUUCACCUCCCGUCCUGUAGAGGUGCUGCAGCACUGUUGUGACCUGUCUCAGCUGUGGUUGAGAGUUCUUCCUCUAAUAAUAUUAUAGUAGAGUACCACAGUUACCACAGUUUAUUGUGGUACUCUUAUAAUAGAGUACCACAGUAAAUUGGAUACAUUUCUUUAAAUGGACAAUUCUGUGAACUUGACACAAUAGCUGUUAGCAAAGGUGUCAGCUAGAGAUGACUUUCAGGGAUUUGUAGUUUUGCAUGAUGGCCUCUUUGAUUCUAAUUAGCAUUUUUGAAUCUGAGAGUAAAUAGAGCCGAAUAUAUUGACAAAAGUCACCUUGUCCAAGAGAUAUUUACAUGGUUAUUGAUUGGAACCAUUUCACUGUUUGACUGCUAGGUUUUAUGGGUAUUAUGACACCUCCACUGUGGAGCGCUAUAAUAAUAUAUUGUAAUUUCCACUCCCAUCCUGUAGAGGCACUGCAGCACUGCUGUGACCUGUCUCAGCUGUGGUUGAGAGUUCUUCCUCUAAUAAUAAUAUAAUGUUAUUCCCCUCCCAUCCUGUAGAGGUGCUGCAGUACUAUUGUGUCCUGUCUCAGCUGUGGUUCAGAAAGUUAUUCCGCUAAUAAUAUAUAAUGUCAUGUUAUUCCCCUCCUGUCCUCCAGAGGCACUGCAGCACUGCUGUGACCUGUCUCAGCUGUGGUUCAGAGAGUUCUUCCUGGAGCUGACCAUGGGUCGCAGGAUCCAGUUCCCAAUCGAGAUGUCCAUGCCCUGGAUC